AUGCAACAACUUCUAGAACGAAUACCGGGCACAACUGUAUUCAUUGAUGAUAUUCUGAUCUGGGGUAAAACCAAGCAAGAACAUGAUGAAAGACUGAGGAUGGUCUUAGACAUUGCUAGAGAGAAUAAUUUGAAGCUCAAUAAGACAAAGUGUCAAUUCGGAAAAACGUCAAUUCAGUGUUUGGGAGAACAACUCACUGGAGAUGGAGUUUUAUCAGACAUGAAAAAGAUUAAGGCAAUUACUGAAAUGCCACAGCCAGAUAAUAAGCAGGAUAUACAACACUUACUAGGAAUG